GAGAAAUCCAAGGUGAGCUGAGAGAUGGCCACUGGCAAGAUGCAUCUGUCCAUGGGGUCCUCCAAAAUGGCUGGUGGAUUCCAGAGGAAAGUGGUAGCACCUCGUUUUCCAAAGCUAGUUAGAGAGACAGAGGAGUCUGUAACUCUGACUCCCUCGGCCUUCCUGAAGGAGAUGUCUCUCACCACGGAGCAGAGGCUGGCCAGCACUCGGGAGAUGAGGCGGCCCCGGAUUAUCCAGCUUCUAGACAUGAGUGAAACCUCCCAUCAAAAGUUCUCCUCAACUGACCUGGACCAGAGCUUGUUUCAGCCUUUUCCAUCAGAGGUGGUGUUUCAGAGCUACGUCCCCUGCGAGGUCUAUGAAGCGCCUCUGAUUCUGAGGAACACCGACAAGGUUCCUCGGCUGGUGAAGGUCGUCCUGGAGAGCUCACCUUAUUUCAAGUUGAUCGGCCCCAACGUUGUGUACCGUAAGGUAGCACCUGGCAUGCGUUCCACUUUCCGCAUCCUUUUCACCCCUGAGGAGAACAAGGAUUACUUCCACCGGGUCACCUGCAUCACGGAAAGGGAAAAGUUCGUUGUGCCGAUCCGAGCUAUAGGUGCCCGAGCCAUCCUGGACUUCCCUGACCAGCUGAACUUCGGUGUCUGUCCAGUCAAAUACAGCACCCAGAAAACACUGCUGGUUCGUAACAUCGGGAACCGGGAGGCCCGCUACCGCAUGAGCACUCAGAGCCCUUUCUCUGUCGAUCCCUCCGUCGGGACUCUUGGGAUUGGUGACGCCAUGCAAGUGACAGUGGAGUUUCACCCACUGAAGACCGGGCACCAUUCCAGGUCCUUGGUAGUUCACUACGACACAGGUGAAGAUGUUCACACAAGCCUUUAUGGAGCAGCUGGAGAUGUCAACAUCAGGCUAGACAGGAACUCCUUGGCAGUUGAGAAGACUUACCUCUCGCUGUCAAACCACGGAUCCGUGGUCAUCCACAAUCGGAGUGAAAUCAUAGCCCACUUCCAGUGGAAGCCUUUUGCUAUGCAGGAAGAGGAGGAUCAGCGGAAGCUGAGGCUGUGUCGCAGGCUGCAGAGGCAGGAAGAGGACAAGACGGAUUGCAUCCUCAAGGAGUGCACGGUGGACCCCGCUCUCCGAGAACGCCUUUCCCUUCUCUCCCGCACCUUCCAGAACCAGAGGGCAAAGGUGCAAGGAGACUCCAUGCUUUUCUCAGAUGAUAUCUUCACCGUUGAGCCGAUGGAGGGAGAUGUCUGGCCAAAUUCUUCGGCUGAAAUCAAGGUGGUCUUUAAACCCCGAGAAGCCAGAGUCUAUCAACAGACGGUCUACUGUGACAUCUCAGGCCGAGAGACCAGGCUGCCCCUGCGCAUCAAGGGGGAAGGCAUAGGGCCCCGGCUCCACUUCAACUUUGACCAGCUGGACAUCGGGAAGGUUUUCGUUGGAUCGGCCCACAGCUAUGAGGCGGUCCUGUUUAACAGAGGAGCCAUCAAUGCUUCCUUCAACUUGGUCCCUCCAGCUACAGCUCUGGGCUCCUGCUUCACCUUUGUCCCCCAGGAGGGCACCGUUUUGCCGGAUGGGCUCCAGGUGAUCCGGAUCUCCUUCAGUUCCACCAUCCUGGGGCAGUUCACUGAAGAGUUCAGUUUCAGUGUGAAUGGAUCGCCUGAGCCUGUGACCUUGACUAUCAGGGGCUGUGUCAUCGGACCGACUUUUCAUUUCAGUGUACCUUCCCUCUGCUUUGGUGACGUCUCCUUCGGCUUCCCUCGCACCUUGUCGUGUCGUCUCACUAACACCUCCUUGGUGCCCAUGACUUUCACCCUUCGCAUUCCUGGGGACGGCUCAGGAGAGCCCAGCGUUAGCAGUUUUGUUCAAAUGUCGGACAAUGCUCCCCCAUCCUGGAGAAGGGGAGCCCAGGGUUACGUCAAGCCAACUGAAUUUACCAUAACACCGUGCAGAGGGACCAUCCACUCCCAGGGCGUCAUGGAUAUCGAGGUCACCCUGUGUUCCAACACUGUGAAGAGAUAUGAGCUGGCACUGGUGGUGGACGUGGAUGGUGUUGGCAAGGAGGUGCUGGCAUUGCCUCUCACAGCCAGAUGCAUAGUUCCUCAGCUGCGAGUGCUCAACCCAGUCAUGACAUUUGGACGGUGCUUUCUGAAAUUCCCUUACCGGCAGAUACUGACCCUUGCGAAUGACAGCAAUCUUCCAGGCUGCUACAUGGUUCUUCCUCAGGAACACAAGAAGGAUGCUCCUGUGUGGUACUCCAGCCCUGUGCCGUGUGGGAUUAUCCAGCCUCACAGCUUGGUGGAGGUCCCGGUUAUGCUGGAAGCCCAGGUGACGGGAGAGAAGGAAACAGUUGCUCACGUCGCGGUCUUUGGGAGCAAAGGAUCCCCACUGAAAAUCCAUCUAGUGAGCAUUGGAGAAGGACCAGUUGUCUACGUGCAUCCACAUAAGAUAAAUUUCGGCAGUGUCCAAGUUCUGCAAGACGCUUCCCGAACUCUCCACCUCUCCAAUCAGACUGUCAUCCCUGCAUCCUUCUGGGCAGAGAUGGCUGGCAAACGCUCGCGCUGGAGGAUUGAACCCCGUAGAGGAGUGAUCCCCCCUGAGAGCGAAGUGUCUGUGACCGUCAUAGCGAACUUGGAUGACACGGAGAAAUUCAAGGACGAGGUGAACCUGUUCAUAGAGAACAGUCGUUCUUACGUCAUCCCCGUCCAGGCUGUCGGCAUCGGCACCACGAUUGUCACUGACAAACCUUUUGGUCCGGAGCUCAACUUGGGACCCCACUUCAGCCUGGAUCCCUGCAGUUACCACUUCAAGUUGACCAAUAAAGGACGACGCACCCAUCAGCUCUAUUGGACGACGGAAGGUUUCGCCCCCUUUCACCUGCGUCAUCGUCUCCCGGCCAUCAGUAACAGCAAGGGCAAAGAUGCCUCCCAGAGCCCCAAACCCGUCUGCCCCGUGUUCAGGCUUCGGCCGCUGAGGAUGGAGCUGAUGCCGGGCAAGACUGUGGAGAUGACGCUGGAAGGCUUCUCCAGCACUCCUCAGGUGGUGAAGGAGCGGCUGCUGUGUCAUGCCAUGGUGGGGAGCAAGGCAGGGAAGGCACAGAUCAUGCAAGUGGAUGUCACCUGUGAGUUUGUUGUUCCUGUUGUGCAGCUAUCCUCCAGAGAAGUCACUUUCCGUGUGGAGAAGCAACCCGGUGAUGUCCUUGCUCUUCAGUACCAGCCUCUUUCUUUAAAAAACAACUCCUCCCUGCCACUCAGCGUUGUCCUGGCCCUAGAGCAACCCUUCGUGAUCUGCGAUGCGGACCGGCAGCCCCUCCCCGCAGAUGUUCAGCCCAUGAAGCUGGAGGUAGGGGAGGAGCUUCACCUCUCCAUCAGAUUUAACCCUGCUUUUGAAGAGCAUUUGAACACCUGGGUAGCAGAGAAGGCUCUGAAAAUACACUUUCUCGAGCACCCUCGUGAGGAGCAGGUCACCGUUCGGGGAGAGGUCUACUUCCCGAAUCUCCACAUCGAGACCACAGCCCUGGACUUCGGCUGUAUAUUGAACGACACUGAAGCUGUCCAGUAUGUCGAGAUGACUAACUGCAGCCCGCUGCUUGUCCAGUACCACUGGUCAUUCCUGGUGGACAGCCACGCGAAGCAGAUGAGGUUCAGCCCUCCAGCACCUAAAUUUUUCAUCAGACCCCCACCAGCAAAGAAGGAGGGAGCCCUGUCGGAGUGCUCAGCGUCUGCAGAGAGCAGCUCCAGGGUCGGGGGUGCGGAGGAGCCGGCCGAAGUCCUGGCAGCAGCGGGGGAUCCUGCCCAAGAGCCAGCAGCUGCAGAUGACUCCCUGGGAGCAAAGUUGCUACCAUCCUCUGCUGCGGAGCUGGAAGGUGCUGUGGAGACUCGGAGCCUGGUGAGGGUCAAGAAGUUGACGCCGUUCAUGGAGGUGGAGCGUCUCACCUUUGGAGUGGAGGAGAUUUUUGACAUCGUGCCGCUGUACGGUGUGCUGCAGCCGGGCGAGAGCCAGCGGGUUACGUUCACCUUCUUUGGCCACGCAAACAUCGUCGCCAGCGUCACUGCGGUGUGCAAGGUGGAGGGCGGCCCGACUUACAAGAUUUCGCUGAGUGGGGAGGCUUCGCUCAUCGACUAUCUCCUAGAUGUUACGGAGAUCGACUGCGGGCUGCCGCUGUUUAACAAAGUCAUCGAAGCAGAGGUCACCCUGCAGAACAGCGGCAAGGUGGGCUUCACCUACGCGGUGCUCAGCCCCAGCGCGGCCGCUGCCGACAGCCCUCUGCCCGGCGUGCCCCUGGUCGUGCCCAGCACGGGUUACCUUGGACCUGGCAAGCAGCACGUGUUGAAAGUCUAUUACCUGCCGGGAGUGCCUGGAAUCUUCUUUAAGACUUUCGAGAUCCAAGUGGGUCACUUAAAACCAAAAGAAAUCUCCCUGAAAGGAGAGGGGAGUUUUCCCAGGAUCUCCUUGGACUUGCCCAGGAACAUCGAAGGAAACGAAAAGUAUGAGAGGAUCCUCAGGGAGGUGAAAGAGAAGAUGAAAAAGGAUGGCCAGAGAGAUGAAGCAGCUGUUCUGGUGGAGGCUGCAGCCGUGGAGCCACCCACGGACGACUCGGGCACCGUGUUUGACAUUUGGCUGCAGAUGCAGAUGGAGCAGCUGCUGGUAGAGGAACACGCCCUGGAGCAGCAAAAAGCUCUUGCCUCUGGUUCCCCGCAGGACACUGUCUUUGACCAGCGUGCUCGUCGGAGGCUUCUCAAAGCUGAGCUGCCCGAGUAUGUCCUGGACUUUGGCUAUGUCAUUCUCGGGAACAUCCACACGCGUGUUGUGAAGAUCACCAACACCGGGCAGUUCCCCGUGACCUUUUGCGCCGAUGGACGGGUCCUGUGUGACACAGGUUUCAGCGUGGACCUGGACCGUGUGAAGCACCUGCCCUACUGCAAGACUGAGACGUUUGAAGUGCGCUUUGACCCACAAAGUGCCAACCUGCCCCUGGGAGAGGUGGACGUGCUCCUGCCCAUCAAGGUAGCAGAAGGCCCCACGUUUCAUGUCCGCCUCCGUGCCUACGUGACUGUGCCGUCCCUCUGCCUCUCCAGGGAGAGACUGGAGUUCUCCGCUGUCCAGUGUGGGCAGUGCCGGGAAGAAACUGUGCAGCUCCACAACCAGCUCCAGGUCCCCUGUAAAUGGUUCAUCACUGUGAUUGAGCCUGUUAAGAAGGGGGACAAGCAUUUGCCGGUGAGGGUGCGUCGGAAGCUGUUCCAGGAGUGGAAGACCAAGCCCCGUGUCUUCAAGGUGUUGCCCUCGGCUGGAACCCUGGCUCCGGGAGAGCGAUGCAAUGUGCGAGUCAGGUUUUCACCCGUGGAAGAGAAGUCCUACAGAAGCGAGAUGAAGAUUAACAUUUGCCAGCGCACCCAGCCCCUCCAGCUGCUGGUCUCGGGGCAGGGGCUGGAGCCACAGCUGGAGUUCAGCCCCGCGGUGCUUGACCUGGGAGCAGUGCUGCCAUACAGCCGUGGGGCGGCGGGGACGGUCGUAGUGAAGAACCCCUGUGAGUUCCCCAUCGAGUUUUACUCGCUGGAGUUCGACCAGCAGUACCUUGCUGAGGAGCAGAUCCUGCAGACGCUGAAGGACUACGAUUGCCACAACACCUUAUUGCUGCCUCCACGUGCCCCGGGUGAGAAGCUGCCCCCGGAGGUGCUGGAAUACUACCAGCACCAGAAGAGACUGCAGGGUGAACAGGCACAGUCCAAGACGGGGGAACCAGCGGGCCAGGACAAUGCAAACCUUGAAGACGUCCGGACGCGGUCAGAUGAAGGAGGAGAGCGCUCUGCUGGGAUUGUUGACACCAUCUCAUCCCAUAGCUCAGUCGUUCCCUCCACCAUUUUUGAUGAAAGCCCCUCCAACAAGGUGGUCUUUAAAUCUGAAUGUGGAGAAGAGGAGGAGGAAGGUGCAGACAAAAGACACGGGACAGCAGAGCAUCGGCAAAGCACCGCCAGCAGCAAGGAGGCCGCGGGAGAACUGGAUGACAGCCCUGUCUAUAGGGCUAUCGCCCGCCACCUUGGCAUCGAUAUCUCUGCAGAAGGGCGCGCAGCCCGAAACCGCAGAGGGAUUGUCGUCAUCGUCCACGGGGCACCCCUGACAGGCAAGACGUCGGCAGCGGUCGCCCUGUCCAAAUAUUACGGUGCUGCGUGCUUGUCCAUCGAUGCCGUGGUGACAGAAGCCAUCUCGGACAGGAGCAGCUCAGCAGGGCUCCGUGCCCGGGAGCUGUGCAUCAGGGCUGCCAUCGAGCAGAGCCACAAGGAGACGGAGGAUGCCGGUCAAAACGCAGAUGUCUUCCUCAGCCUGCCGUCCAGCGCCGAGGCCAAGCACAGCUCGGACAUGAGCCAGUCCAGCUCUGGGGACAAAGCCAGCCUGCGUUCCGUCAGUUCCCGAGGCCAGGCGAGUGCCGCAGUGGACAAGAGGAAGACGGAUAGCCACACAUCCCAAUCCCAGAAGCAGCAUCCAAGAGAUCCAACAGGCUCCCAGGGCUCAUCCAGUUCUAAUCUCAUCUCGCCCUCUCCGUGCAUUCCUGCGCAGCGAUGGCUGAGCAUCAGUGGCAGCACGACGGGAGAGACAGGCUUUAUGAGCUGUGUGCUGCCCGAGGACCUGCUGGUGGCCAUCCUCUCUGACAGGCUGCAGUUGAGUGACUGCUACCAGGGAGUGGUGUUUGAUGGCCUGGAGACCCUCUUUGCACGCAACACGGCGUCUGCUCUCCUCUGCCUGCUCAAAGCUGUCAGAAAUCGGCCUUCUAUCUAUUUUGUGAACUUGUUCCAGGAUUAUUCUUCUUUGAAAGCCAGGGAGACAGCCGCAAGAGAGCAAGAAGGACGGGAGCGGGAAGAAGCUGCCAGGAGAGAGAAAGCACGUCUCUGGGAGAUGGAUGAGGAAGAGUAUGAUGCCCUCUCUGAGGAGCAGAAAGCUCAGUUUAAUAACAAUAUACGACAAGUCCAGCGUGAGAGGAAGAAGAGGGAGAUGGAGCGGAUGGCUCAAGAGCUGGAGGAAAAGCACCGGCGGGAGCUAGAACGCUUGAAGGAGGAAGAAGAGCUGAAGAAGAAGUCCAGGCGGAGCAAGAGAGAGCUUGGCAAAGACACAAAUAGUGCUUUGGGGAAGAAAAGCCAGCCUGGAGUCAGACAGAAUAUGAACGCAUCCACCAGCAACACCAACGUGUCCACCAGCAACUGGUCGGAUGUCACCAAGGGGGUGGACAAGAAGGGAUCUGUAAAGGAGCGCCCAGACUCUGUUGCAGGUGACAAGGAAGAUACGAAGAAGCGAGGCAAGGUUCCCCUGACGGAUGCGUGCCCAGCGGUGGUUGUGCAACCCUCAGACCCAGAACAGGGGGAAACCAAAAACGAGGCCCUGAGUGACAGCGAGAAGAACUUGGCCAUGAGGUUUAAGAUCUAUGAGGCAUCGCAGAAGGACGUCACACAUAUUUUGUCAUCCUGGGACAGGGUUCAGGGUAUCCUGCUGUCCCCCCUGAACCAAGAGGAGGUGCGGCACCAAGCAGAAGACCAGCGCCGGUAUUUAUCCAGCUGCAGGAGCCGGAAGGAUAGAGAGAAGGAGCGCGCGGAGAAAGAGCGCCUGGAGAAGGAGCGGCUGGAAAAACUGAAGGCUCUUGAGGACUCCAAGUUAUCUCGGCUGGAAGGGGAAGGUGCAGAAGGGUCAGCCAGAGGGCAGGAUGUCGGGGUGCCCUGCUUGAACAUGCAGGUGCUGAGCUCAGAAGAUGUGAGUAAGAAGAUCCUGGAGAGCGGCAAGCUGCCAGCAGCAGAGCAGAUCCUGGAUGACCUGGGACUGGGUCCCUCCGGGCCUCCUAUUCCCCCUACGGCUUUUUACUCUGUGGUCCACUACCCGGAGAAGCGGAUGCUCCCUGCAGCAGGAGAAGCCCUCAAGCACUUCGUCUUUGUUGUGCCAGAAGAUGCUGCUGCGGAAGAUGAAAAGAAGGAUAUGGAAAGUCCUGUGGAUGCCCCGACCGUGCCUGCGGUGAAGAUGCCAGAGGAGCAGGUCACCCCAACCAGGGGCCGGUCGAGGAAGCAGAAAGCCGCAGGCAGCCGGGAGGCUGCAAGGGAGAAGCGGAACUCCAGCCGCAGGAGGCAAAGUCUCCAGGGGCCAGGCAUGGGAGCACCCACACGUCCCCCUGAGGCGGACCAAAGCAGCAUGGACGCGGUCCCGUGCCCAGGGAGAUCCGUCAGGCUGAGCAGCUGCCGGUGGAUAGUGCCUGCCCGCGGCGAGGUGGAACUGAAGGUCCACUUCAGCUCCACAGUGCUGGGCCAGUUUGAUCAGACGCUGCAUUUUGAGAUCCUGGGGACAAACCGUCUGUACCAGCUGCACUGCAGGGGCACCUGCCUGUAUCCCACCAUCAGCCAGGACCCACGGCUGGUGUUUCCUCAGUGGAGGAAGAGCAAGGCAGAUGACGACAUCAUCUUCAAGCAGUAUGUCAUGGACACGGGUGCAUUCCACUUUGGACCGCUGCUGUGUGGGAAGUCAAGAGACCGGUACAAGGCGCUGCAGUAUCCCAGCAACUGCGAGAAGUUAACCAUCCUCAAUGUCACCCCACUGGAGGCAGAGGUGCAUUUCUUCUUUGAGCACGACGUCGAAGCGGACACGUUCCUUUUAGACCCCCCCAGCAUGAGGCUGAAACCUAACGAGAAGCAGGAGCUGAGCGUUUGGGCGUACCCCAAUUCAGCUGGCCUCGUGGAAGACAACCUCAUCUGCUGCAUUAAGGACAACCCAGAGCCGGUGGUCUUCCGCCUGUGCUGCCAGGGUGUGCAGGUGGAGCUGGGGGUCAGCUCCAAGCAGGUGCAUUUCGACAGGCUGCUUCUGCACAGGAGGGACAGCAAGACGCUGGUGCUGCGAAACAGCACCCCACUACCCGUGGCCUGGCGGCUCAGCGGGCUGGAAAACCUCGGCGAGGACUUCUCCCUGUCACAGGAUGAGGGCCUCAUUGCUCCCUGCACGGAGUUUGGCGUGCGUCUGUAUUUCAAGGCCACGAAGGCUGUAACCGUUAAGAAGAUGAUCCAACUAGAGGUUUCAGAUGCAGAAAACAUCCUGGGGAUUGUUCAGGUUGAAAAUAUCCAAAUCCUUGCGGAGGCCUAUGACGUUGCUUUAAGCAUCAGCAUGUCUAAAGGUACAGACGGCAGCGUGGAUUUUGGGAUCCUUAAGGUCCUGGAUGAGGCAAAGCAGGUGCUAACCCUGAAGAACAAAGGGAAAUACGAGAUCGUGUACAGUUUCAAGCUGGAAGCCGCAGAUACCAACGUACGCGACUUAGCAUCCCACUUCACUCUCCAGCCGCAGAAGGGCGUGCUGACUGCCUCCGGGCACCCCGUGCAGGUCCAGCUGCUCUUCCAUCCCAAGAUGGAAAUGAGCAUUGAGAACAAACCCAUCCUGCAGUGCCAGGUGAUUGAGCCCAGCAUCUGUGAAGGAGGCGAGACCAUCGCUGUCAUCCCAGUGAGGGUGUCAGCAAAAGCUGUGUACAGCAAGUACAGCAUUUACCCUGCUUCGCUCAUCAACUUCGGUGCCUUGACGAAUGGCACCAGGAAAACCUGCACCUUCACGCUGGAGAACAAAGGUGUCCUUGACUUUAAAUUCGUCAUCUACCGAGCGGACCAGGCUGCACCUGUAUUGCCAAGGAAAAGUGCACAUCGAAUCAAAUCUGCCCGCUCCCACGAGAGUGAAAACGUGGGCAAAAUGACUCCCUCGGCCAGACAAAGCAAGCGCUCGCUGCCAAAGGACACAAACACCUUCCUGCAGGCUCGCCUCACUCUAGGCAUGUUCACGGUGUACCCUGGCUUUGGCUCCAUCCCUCCUGGGGGCCAGCAGAUGAUCACAGUGGACUGCCACACAGAGCCAGUGGGGAUCUGCAAGGAGUACCUGUCCAUCGACAUCAGCGACAGAGACCCUACGGACAAUCCCCUUGGCAUCCCCUACACCCUGUUUGCUGAGUCCUGCCUCCCAGCAUUUGUGGUUGAUGACAUGGAGUCCAUCUUUGAGGAACAUCGGAUCUGCAGCAGCAUCAACCUCUGCCGGAUCCUACGGACAGUGCGAGACAAGGGCGUGUUCGUCACAGAUGAGAACAAGUUCAUUUUCACCAACGUUCUGGUUGGGCACCGGGCCACAGCUCGCUUCAAGAUCUGCAACGUGAACCAAGUCCCCUGUGACGUGGUUUUCUCCAUCAAACCCAUCCCCAGUAAGCUUAACAGCCCUGUUAGCCACAUUUUCGAGGUGGAUCCCGUUCGGACGUGCGUGCCCAGCCACUCCCACGCCUUUGCUACAGUGACCUUCACUCCGCAAGCGAUGCAGAGCUACCAGUGCACUUUUGAGGCAUCUCUUGAUGUCCAGGCAAGCCCUGCAGCAAUUAAAGCACAAAGCCUGACCUUCGAUAUCAGUGGAGAUGGGCAUCUGCCUCGAGUGACGGUCUUGCGCCCGGUCCUUCACAAUAAGAGAGGGAACCCAGUGCUGCUCUUCAAGAAGCUGUUGCUGGGUGAUUCAGAAAAACUGUCUCUGGUCCUUCAGAAUGAUGGCGUCGUACCUGUCCAGUUGAUGAUAGACCUGUUGGAUGAAGGGGGAGUUUUCUUCUUGAAAGCCAGGCCCACCACACACUGCAUCUACCAAGCUGCGGGCACGAAGGAGGACUCUCCUGGAGAAGGGAGGAAGCCCCACACCGCUUGCCUGGUCCUGCAUCACAGGGAAUUAGCAGAGUUUGACGUGCUUUUCAAACCCAACCUGGCCCAACGUGUGGAAGGGAAGAUCCACCUCUCGGUGGUGGACAACCCCUAUGAAGAGACCGACAUUCAGCUGGUGGGUGAAGGCUAUGAGGAUGACUUCACGCUUGAUAACAUCCAUGGACUAGUGGCAGACAGCAAUGAAGAGAACACUGAAGGCAAUUUGGAAGAAGACAUAAUUGAGGCUACCAGAGUGGAUCACAUCCAGUUCGGGGACUGUCACAUCGGGACACCUUACCCUGUGACCUUCACCAUCACCAAUCGCAGCAGGGGGGAGGCGGUGCGGUUUGAGUGGCUGGCAGACACCCCGUUUCACUUCUCCCCCCAGGUGGGACACCUCCAUGCUGGCUGUGCUAAGGACAUCACGGUGACCUUGAAAUCAGAUGUUGCGGUCGCUUUCAAAAAGCACCCUGUGAAGUGUAAGGUGGCUAGGAUCGCCUUCCAGCUGCCUCCAGAGCUGGUUACCGACUGGGACGACCGCCUGCGCACCGUCAAGUGGGUGGAUGCCACGAGGGGCCCGGCAGCCACGUGGCCUCUCAAGAAGAAGGUGGUCGAGCCAGAGCCAGAACCAGCUCACACUGUCCUGGAGAAGAGCAGCCGUGAGGUGGAGCUUCGCCUCAGUGCUGUCGUUGACUACGCCGAGUUCAAGCUGGAUACGGACAUGAUUCAGUUCGAGGAGACCUUGCUCUUCCAGACGAGGACGUUCACUUUCCAGCUGUCCAAUACAGGGAAUGUGGCCCUGGAAUACACCUGGAUGAGGGCUGUGGAGGAUGAAAGGGCAGUGAGCCAUACUGGGGAGCUGCUCCUGCCCAGUCUGGAUGGGGAAUUCCUUUCCUCCACUUCUGGUACCUCUGUGAAGCUCCGAUCUAGCCGUUGUUCGAGCCAGCUGGACCGUGCUGUGGACCACGUCUCCUCCUCCCUGAGCUCAUCUCUGAACGCCGUCAGUGCCGCCCUGCUGUUCUCUGUCGAGCCCGGCAGCGGCACCAUCGCUGCCGGCCAGGAGCAGCUCUUCCAGAUGAAGUUCUCUCCGGUGUACGUGGGGGACUUUCAGAGCCGUAUGCUCUGCAGUAUUCCUAACCUGAAGCCAAAUCAGAAGUGCCCAGAGGUGGUUGUGAAGGGGAGAAGCUUGAUGCCAAACUGCCACUUUGAACUGGAAGACUCUGACUACAUCACUGCAAAAAGGCGCAACCCAGAGUUGCAGGGACCAAAAGGGGCAACGUUCGAUCUCAACACAAAAGUGAUUGAGUUUGCGGCAAUUGGAGUGCGCGGCAGGAACAGCAGGACCAUCAGGGUUAUGAACCCAACCAGUUCCGUGUAUUCCUUCCAGUGGACUUGCCAAGACCGUGAAGCCCCACCAGAGCAGGUGGCUUUCUUCUGCCUCACAGAGAGAGGUCAGAUCCAGCCGGGGAAGAAAGCAGAGAUCAAGUUUGAAUUCGUCCCCCGGCACCUGGACAUCACAGAAUCAUUCUGGGUCUUUACAAUCCCUGAGCAAAGCAUUUCGGUCCCAUUCCUGUUGGUGGGCAACACCACCGACCCGCUCGUGACUCUGGACAGAUCCCACCUGAACUUCCACUUGCUGUUAAUCGGGCACGAGGUACGCCAGACUAUCUAUAUGAUCAACAGUGAGAAGGAAGCCUUCAGCUUUGCUUUCAGAGAAAGCUCUCUCUUCUCAGAGGGAUGCAACACCUCCGUGAAAAUAGAGCCCCUGGAAGGCUCCAUCGCUCCUCUUUCAAGGCUUCCCAUUACAGUCAUCUUCACACCAACACUAGAAGGAGAGGUGGUCUUCAACCUCAAGUGCAAGGUCAAGAGGAAGACCCAGCCCCUCUCCUUGAAUAUCAAGGCCACCGGCUACAGCGUGAAGGCGUCUGUCAGUUGUGAGGACGGCGACGGCUGUGUCACUGAGCUCAGCGCCCAGGAGGUCAACGUCAUUGAUCUCAAGGAGGUACAGCUAAACGAGAACAUCAAGCGCAUCUUCAGCAUCCGCAAUAACGGCAAGUUCAGCUUCGCCUUCUCGUGGGAGCUGAGCGGCCCCCCAGCCCGUAAGCAGGUCCUUGCUGUCACCCCUCAGACGGGCACCGUGCAGGCGGAGGGGAAAGCAGAGACCCAGCUGGUGUUUCACCCACAGAAGAUGUGCUCUUUAAAGGAUGUAAAGCUGACGCUACAGAUCAGCAAGGGUCCCACGUUUACCUGCGUGUUCCUGGCCACUGUGGUAGUGCCCGCUGUCCACUUCUCCACCACCAGACUCGACUUUGGAGCCUGCUUCAUCUACCAUGCUGGGAUGCCACCUGCCCAGCGGACCCUUGUCAUCACAAACAAGGCAGACAGGGAUAUGAGUUUGAACUGCUUGUUCACCAACACCGCGUACCUGGAGGUGGACUUCCCAGGGCACGUCCUACGCCCAGGAGGGACAGUGGAGGUGCCCAUCACUUUCUAUCCCAGAGAGGUUGCGUCUUACCAUGAGCUCAUCCCUUUUGAAAUCAAUGGUCUUUGCCAGCAGACUGUUGAGGUCCAAGGAAGGGGCAUGAAAAUGAAGGUUGAUGUUGUGGAACCACGAGGAAAGGUGGUGAAGCUGGGAGCCCUCUCCAUCGGACAGACGGUGAAGAAGAUGGUCACCAUAGCAAACAACAGUGCUGCCCCUCUUACUUUUAAGCUCCGUCUCAUGUCCACCAUGCCAGAGCUCCAAGAAGCUGGGGUUCUCUGCUUGAACCCCACCACCGAACUAAGUCUGAAGCCCAAAGGAGACACCUGUAAAGUGGAGGUGACCUUCUCCCCAAAACGCCGCAUCCAGCCAUUCACCGAAGAAGUGACGAUGGAGUGCAACGGCCUGGUGCGCUCCCUCUUCAUGGUGCGGGGCUCCUGCCAGGGCAUCCAUGUGAGCUUGGACCAGGAACACCUCAGCUUUGGAGCGGUGGUGCAGCAGAGCUACACAUCCCGGCGCAUCAUCAUGCAGAACACGGGCGACAUAGGAGUCAAGUUUAAGUGGGACAUCGCGAGCUUCAAGCCAGAUUUCUCCAUCAGCCCCGCCAAGGGUUACAUCUCCCCAGGAAUGGAUGUCCCCUUCGUUGUGACCUUCCACCCCUGUAAGCUGAGCCACGCUAUCCAGUACGAGGACCUGAAGUGCUUCAUCCAGGGCAGUGAGCCGCUCCAGCUUACGCUGGCAGGAUGCUGCAUGGAGACCCCUGUGACCAAAGAGACACUGACUUUCGCAUGCGACGUGCGCCAGGAGCACAGCCAGACCAUCCUCCUGUCCAACCCAAGCAAUGAGGCCUGGACCGCGCAACCUGUCAUUGAGGGGGAACACUGGAAGGGGCCUGAAUUUUUCCAUCUAGAGGCCAAUCAACAAAACAAGCCCUACAAGAUCACUUACCAACCCCUAACGAUGAGCUCUGAGAAGCAGCAGCAUCAGGGCUCCAUCUUCUUCCCAUUGCCGGAUGGGACAGGCUUGUACUACCUCUUGCAAGGGACUGCUGAGGCCCCAAAGUGUUCAGGGACCAUUUUCCGGCAGGUACCAUGUCGGACUUCCUACACUGAGCUCAUCCCUGUUUCCAACUGGCUGAACAGACCGCAGAGGUUCCUCGUGGUAGUGGACAUACUCAAACCAGAAAACCUGGAAAGCAGUUCUGUGCUGCAGGGGCUGGACUACAUUGACGUGCCAGGCUCUGCCAAAAAGGACUACAAGCUCACGUUCCUCUCCUACAAGGAAGGAGUCUUUAACGCAACGGUGACCUUCCUCAACGAGGUGACCAAGGAGUACUUGUUCUACAUGGUGACUUUCAAGGCCACCGCUUCGGGACCCCUCAGCACUGUUGAAAUGACCGCCGCUGUUCGGCAGAGAGUGUCUUCCACCGUCAAGGUGGAGAACCCUCUGCCUGUCCCGGUGAUGUUUGCCACAGAUUGCAAAGUGCCCGAUGUCAACGUUCCCCCACAUUUCACUGUUCCUGCACAGUCGGAGGCUGACCUUGUCUUUGAGUACCAGCCCAUGAAAAUAGGUGAGAGCAGCGGGCGCCUGGUGCUUCAGAGCAGCGAUUUGGGCUCUUUCUACUACAACCUGCACCUGAAAGCCACCACGCACAGGACGGAGAAGCCCCUCUACUUCCGCACCACACUGGGCUCUAGUCAGACCAUCACCACCGAAAUCACGAAUUACGCCCGACAGAAGACAGACUACCUCCUCCAGACCGACUGCCCCGACUUCCAGACAGAGAGAACCAUCAGCGUGGCCCCCGCCAGCCCCGGGGGCUCGGCGGUGAGCGUGGAGGUGACCUACGAGCCCUGCCAGCUGGGCGAAGUCAGGGCCACGCUGCGGCUCUCCUCCCGGCUCGGGGGGGAGUACAGCAUCCCCCUCUUCGGCCUCGCCCUCCCGCCCAAGCCCCAGGGCCCCUUCCCCGUCAAGGCCGGCGGCACCACCUCCAUCCCCUUCAAAAACGUCUUCCUCCAGCCCACGGCCUUCCAGUACAGGGUGGAGCACCCGGCCUUCACCCUCAGGGGCCCCGAGCGCUGGCGCUCCAAGAAGACUGCCCUCAUCACCGUCGCCUUCCAGGGUGCCCCGGCCCCCGUCGCCACCAGGAUGGUGGUCUCCUGCCCCGGGGCUGCCGGCGGUCAGGGGCCGGGGGUCUCCUGGGUGUACUACCUCCGGGGUCUGCCCCCUCCCCCGUGA